GUCAAAUCGUCAGCGACGCUCAAGCCGAAAAGAAGCCAAUUGAUCAGCAGAUCACAAGCUAUUGACAUACACGAAUCAAUCGUAAUAGACUAGUGCCCAUAGGCUGUGAUAGUUUUUAUAGAUUUUUAUUGCUGGAUUUUAAAUGAAAGACGCUCAAAACGGCUGUACAAGAGGAUAAAACGCAUUGUAGGCUGUACUAGUGAAGGUCGAAAAUUAAAUAGUGCGUGUGAAUUUAUAUUUCUUUUCGCCACAAGAAGCAAAGCAUGCCUUCGCUUAGCAUAUCCGGCGCCUAUCAUGUAUUAACGCGACGCAAACCCAUGGAGGAUACAACCGAGUCCAAAUUAGCCAAGGUACUGUCGGCAUUUGAUCUCACCGCACUCGGCAUUGGCUCAACAUUAGGUGUGGGCGUUUAUGUGCUCGCCGGCGAAGUUUCGAAGGUCUAUGCUGGACCGGCGGUCGUUAUAAGUUUUCUCAUCGCCGCUAUUGCAUCGAUAUUUGCCGGCCUCUGCUAUGCCGAGUUUGGUGCGCGUGUGCCAAAAGCUGGUUCGGCAUAUAUAUACAGUUAUGUAACAAUUGGCGAAUUCAUGGCGUUCAUUAUUGGCUGGAAUCUUAUAUUGGAGUAUGCAAUCGGUGGCGCCAGUGUGGUCAAAGGAUUGAGCACGUAUUUGGACAAGCUCUUCAAUUAUGCGAUGCGCGAUUAUUUAAGCAAGAAUUUCGCAAUGAACAUUGAGGGUCUUGGCGACUAUCCGGAUUUCUUUGCGCUCAUCGUUACGGUGCUUUUUGCAUUGGCCAUUGCAGUGGGUGCCAAGGAGUCGUCGCGUUUGAAUAACGUCUUCACAUUCCUCAAUUUGAGUGUUGUGCUCUUUGUGAUCAUUGCCGGGCUCUUUAAAGUUUCGCUCAGCAACUGGUCCAUACCGAAAUCGGCGGUUCCCGAGGGUUACGGUAAUGGCGGUUUCAGUCCAUAUGGUUUGACGGGCAUCAUACGCGGCGCUGCGGUUUGUUUUUAUGGAUUUAUUGGUUUUGAUUGCAUCGCGACGGCCGGUGAAGAGGCCAAGAAUCCCAAGAAAUCCAUACCUUUUGCCGUGGUCACCUCGCUCGCAACGAUUUUCCUCGCUUACUUCGGCGUCUCCACAGUGCUCACUAUGAUGCUGCCGUACUACGAGCAGGACGAACAAGCGCCGUUGCCGCAUGUCUUCAGUCGCUACGGCUGGUGGGUUGCCGAAUAUUUGGUAACAAUUGGCGCGCUGUGUGGUCUAUGUGCCAGCAUGAUGGGCGCCAUGUUCCCAUUGCCGCGCAUAGUUUUUGCCAUGGCCUCAGAUGGACUGCUCUUCAAGUGYAUGGGUGAGAUUAGUCAGCGCUUUAAAACUCCCUUCAAAGGCACGCUGAUCACUGGCGUGCUCACCGGACUGCUAGCUGCCAUCUUCAAACUCAGUCAGCUGGUUAGCAUYAUGUCGAUCGGCACGCUUUUGGCCUACUCGAUGGUGGCGAGCUGUGUACUCAUAUUACGCUACGACRGUGAYGACCGCAGAGAUGGUCGUGGUAUCGGCACUGGACGUGCCUUGACCGACCGCGCUCAAACCAAUUGCAAUCUUUGGCGUCAGUUAUUCAACACCAACAAUAUAACGGUGGCGAAUGGAAGGAGYGGUAGACUGGUGACUUUUCUGAUAACAUUAUACUUUACUUGGUGUUUUGUAUUCUCGCACUUUCUUCARAAGGUGGAAGUCGAACCAAGCAAUAUAACUCCAUCUUACAUAGUGCUGCUAGUCAUCACUGGCCUGCCUUUACCGCUGAUAUUGUUCAUCAUUUCACGUCAGCCACGCUCCAGUACCCAGUUGGCGUUCAAAGUGCCACUGGUGCCUUGGCUGCCCGGUCUUUCAAUCUUCAUCAAUGUCUACCUGAUGGUGCGUCUGGACGUAAUGACCUGGGUGCGCUUCGGCAUUUGGAUCGCCAUCGGUCUGCUAAUCUACUUCAGUUAUGGCAUACGUUAUAGCCGUCAGCGCAAGCGUGAAUCUCGCCUGGUACUACAAGAAGCGACGGAGAACAGUGAGUCCGGUCUGCCACUACAUAACGAUUACACCGAAGUUCCGCUCAUAAUCAUGAAUAAUACAAGUUAAAAAGCAAUGACAGCGUACCGAAAUUGUUAAACAAAACCUUUAACGGUAGCAUGUAUUAAUCAGUUAGGUACAGAAAACGGYCUUGUUACAAGAAAAGGGCUCGAAGUGUCCGAUAACCGUAGUUUUAUAAUAGUCUAGCAUUAACUUAAGUUAGUUUACUUUUCCUAGUAUAUCAGUAAUCGCAAGCUCGUGACAGCCCCGUAGGGCAACGUGACUGAAACCAAAAACUCAUUAAUUACUAAAAGUAAUGGAAGUAAUUCAAAGGGUUGGGUGUAGUCGGAGGCAUGAAAAACUCACAAAUUUCACUUAUGAUUUAUUCCCGAUUUCGAGAAAAUGCCAAUAGUUAAYUAAAAUUGUGAAAUUUGAAUGAAAUCUAUAGAGCGGUUUUCGAGUUACAGUAGUCAACAGUUAAAAAUAUAUGGUUCAUCUCAAAACGCAUUUGAAGCGUCCGAGAACGCUUUACUAAUUAUCGCAUAGCUCGAAAGGAAAGUAUUUGCCAGAUUUACUUCAAACUUKCUCUAUUUCUAAGUUAUGAUACCUAAUGAAAUUAAAAUUUUUUUGGCAAUUCUAACUACCCUUAACGCUUUAAAGCUACUCUACAAAGAUAUCUCAACAGCACAUUAAAUCAACAAAGACUAUCCCACCUAUUUCGCUAGGUCAGCGUUGCAUUUGUCAAAAACAAAGUUAAGAAACUUAAAAAACAUAAAAAUAAAUGUAGUGGCGUAUGAAGGGGGAGUGGCUGCGGAUUUGACAGCCAAAUAAUACAAAAAUUUUGCAAAAUCGGAGUGUUUUUAAUUAAAAGUUCAGCAGAAUUUGCGAAGUAAAAUCGAUAUAGUAUUAAAAAUGUGUUGGCAGAAAAAGCUCCCCCAAAAAAAAAUUCUGGUUCCACUACUGAAAGGUAG